AAUUGUUUAUAAAUUAUAUUAAUAUCUCCCAUCAUUGUAGUUGGCGUUCAAUGGUAAAUAAAAUUCAUACAUUGCAGUUUAAGCAUUCGUUGCGUGAACACACGAGUCGCUUUUAUUUAAUUUAAAAAUAAACGAAAUAUAUUGUUUAUGUUUUCUGGGGCUCAAAUUUUUUUGAGCUUAUGUCUAUAAACGCAACUGUGCAGGCGGAGGGCCGGGUGAUGGGACGCCGGUUUGUGCUAACCCUGGUGAUCGGGAUAUCAGCCGGUUUUAGUUUUGCCUACAUACUACUAACAUCAGCUGGAUUUCCCCGAGACGUAGCCUGGUCAUCGUACAGAGAGUCAGCAAGGGAUUUGGAUCGACACCCGAUAGUGAGCGUCAUUGAACAUGGCAGUGAGGAGCCAGCCCAUAGGGAUGAAGAUCGAACGGUGGCAGAUGAACUUGCUAAGAAAGUUAGGGUGCUUUGUUGGGUAAUGACGCAGCCCAGCAAUCACGAACGGAAAGCGAGGCAUGUUAAAGCGACUUGGGGAAAACGAUGCAAUAAACUGCUCUUUAUGAGUACUUCUGAAGAUAGUUCCCUCCCAACGGUAAAACUGCCGGUUCACGAAGGGCGAGACUAUUUAUGGGCGAAGACAAAGGCCGCCUUCCGAUACGUGUACGAACAUCAUCGGAGGGAUGCUGAUUGGUUCUUGAAGGCUGAUGAUGAUACAUACGUCGUAGUUGAAAAUCUUCGUUUUAUGCUGUCAGAACAUGACAGUUCGGAUCCUAUUUAUUUCGGAUGCAGGUUCAAGCCGUUUACAUCACAGGGUUAUAUGAGUGGCGGUGCUGGGUACGUAUUAAGCAGUGCAGCAUUGGAGCGGUUUGUCAACAAGGGCCUCCCAUCACCACAUCUCUGUAAGGCCAGUGAUCAUGGUGCAGAAGAUGCUGAAAUGGGUAUAUGCCUUGAGCACAUAGGUGUGAAAGCAAUGGACUCCCGUGAUGCGUUACACCGAGGCCGGUUCUUCCCUUUUGUUCCUAAAGACCAUCUUUUUCCCAACCAUGAUAAAGGAUUUUGGUACUGGAAGUAUAUCUACUACCCCUCAGAUGAGGGUCUCGACUGCUGUUCGGACCACGCGGUAUCAUUCCAUUACGUAGAUCCUCAACAAAUGUAUGUAUUAGACUAUCUUAUAUACCAUUUACGGCCUUAUGGCAUCCGUUAUGGCGGCGCAGACAUCAUUCCUCAUAUAAAAACUGAAAGAUUUAAUUCUUCUCAAGUCUCGUCCCGGGAGAUAAACGGGACGAGGUGAACAUUCCGAUACUAGUCAUAGAUUUAAGAUGUAAACUGUUAAAUAGAAUCUCAUAGUGAUUUUGUAAGAUUAAUUUAUUAUAUAGAUGAAGAAUUUUUUUAAAGAGUAGAAAUUUUAUAAGUAGAAUAGUCUAAGAUUAAGUUUUUGGUUCUUGAAUUUCUUAGGUUGGCUCACUAGACACCGUCCACUUGACCACUAAACGGACAUAAAAUUGUUCGUUGGUUACUUGUUACUGAAUAUAAAUUCUGUGACAAUUUACCUACUCUUAAGCUGUUUUAAACUUCAUUAGUCUGUGGUUUUAUGUGUUUAUUAAAAUGUUUUGGUCCAUACAGUCGUAGCUUGUAUAUGAAAAGUUUCGUCAUUCUGUAGCAUCUUUUGUAACUUACCCAUUAUUAUUUUAUUCAUGCCUAAACAGUUUAUGCCUUAAAUAUUUUAAUUCGAAAUUUAAUUUUGAUUUUUUUAUUGUUCUGUGCUAUUACUGUAUGGAAGUAAAGUAAUAAUUGUACUCAGUCUCGUGUGCAUAUAGAUUAUUACACACCUGAAAAUGUACGUAGAUAUUAUAAAUAUAGCAUUUACUAUUUGAGAAACUGUAACAUUCUGUUGUAGAGUUAGUAUUUUGAUGAGCCUUCUGUUAAUAUGUAAUUUCCCAUAUCGUCUGAAAAAAAAUGCUGCUUCAUUAUGUUUUCAGCACUUAUAUAGUUUCCCAUCAAUCUUUUAUACGCCUUAAGGUGCUGUAAUUGAUUAAAAUCACUAUAAUGUCAAGAGUGACAUUCCACAGGCAAAAAGUUGAAAGUAUGUAUGCCUAUGUAUGUACAUAUGUAUGUAUAUAGACGAUGUUGGCCUCUGUAGGCCCACAUAAAUCUGAGUGUCAUUAUUUUACUUCUAUGAUUUGCUACUAGAAAUUAUAAGCACAACUGCUUUUAGGUUCACAUGUGCAUUAUUUAUUUAAUUAUAUUUGUCGUACAGUCUUAGCUUCCUCCUAAAUAUGGAUAAUAUAAGGCCAUAGGCGGGAAAAAUUGCCGACUUAGAAAAAUUGGUGAUUUUUAAUAUACAUGUGGUGUCUACUAAUGUGUAAGGUUGCCUUUCUUUUUUAUGUCGUUGAAUCACUUAUUCAUUAUUCGACACGACAAUUUCACAGAUUUUCUUGACAACAAGACUAUAGUAAAAAUAUAGACAUAUGUAUAUUUGUAAGUCAUUUUGGGUGUUAGAGUUGUUAAUAGAACAUAUACUUUCAAUUAAAUGUAAGUAUGUAGGUGUGUUGUUAAGGUGCACCCUUUAGUAAGAAAUAAGUUUAUACAACAGAUGAAACCAUAGACUAUUAUGUAAUAAGCAACAGAUUAAAACUAAAAAUUGCUCUUCUGGCGUUUUGAAUGUACUUUCACAUUGGUAAAAGUUAGUAGAUGUUUCUAAUAUAAUCUUAUAAGUAAUCUAUUGUAUUUA